GAGUUGCCGCCUGCUAUGCUGCAGAUGCACUCUCGUCCUCUUAAUCUCCUCACUCUCUCUUCUGAUUCCACUAUCCCCCCAUCUCCCACCACGGAGUGCUUCUCACCUCGUUGAGACUCCAGAGCUUCACUCUCUCUCCCCGGGUUUUCCGCCGUAGGACCCCGACAAAGUUCUGCGGUGGAAAUGUCGACAAGGCCAGGUAAGACGGCGCCACGGCUGCUCCAGGAUCUUCUCACCUACGAUCCGCGACACGAAGAACGAGCCGGGCGCAACCUCCUCACUACCUCCCCUCCGCCCUUCGACCCCGACGAUGACCCGGUGGUCGCCGUCCCUUUCCGCAACUGCAGGCACAUAUUCAUGGCCAAAAAUGAGCAGAGCGUGCUCCCCAAGGCUGGCGAGGACCCGUGCCAUGAGACUGUAUACCGGAUUGCGUCCUUCUGCCAACAAUGCCGCUGGCAUCUGGACCUCAUGGUCGACUUCCGCGACAACGGCUCCAAGACCUCCCCCUGCCGUUCAUCGAGUGCAGAUUUCCCCAUACAUCACUUCAUCUACGAGCAGGAAGACACUUCGCAAAGAGACCCCUUUGGAAGGCAGAACGUUCCCCGAAGUUACCGGUUUCACUGCUCGGCGCCCACAUGUCCUGUAGAAGUGCGCAUACGGCUGCUGCCUCCCCGGUUCAGCGACCAACACAUAACACUAUUGACAAAUCGAAUGCACUUGAGGAAAAGGUGGGAGGCCGCGCGACAGAUAAGCGGAGACCGUGCCGAUGCGCAUAUGGCCCGGUCUGUGGAUGCGCUGGACUUCCUGAGUACCUAUCUACAGGACUCCCUAUCGCCCCAGAAGGGAAAGGCUCGGAUUCCUCUCCUUAAUCGCAAGUUUCUGAAAACUUUUGGGAGAGAUUGCGACGACAUCCUUAAGGGCCUUGGAUUCACAAAUGCCGUCGAAAUUGAAGAUGAUGGAAGCCAUGCAGAGGUGUGGUAUCUUCCUAGGCCUCCACCCGCUAGGCACCCAUUAGACACGGACACAGCACGUACCCUAAUCGAAGACGCGCGGUAUGAGCUCAUAACACUUAUCCUCAAAUAUCCAGAGUCUGAGCGGCUAGGAGCCAGGAAUGCGGUAAGUACGCCACAGCCCUCCAUCAACGACAUACAACGAGCGCUUGGCUGUUUGGGCUACGACAAGAAACCCAUGACCCGCACGGAAGCACGCAGUACAAACCACGAAGAGGACCAUCCAUACUACGCUGGCUUGGGUGCCGUCGGCGACUUUUCAGAUGCAUUACUGCUAUUUGCGUACGCUAGGCAGGUUGCCGUCGACCUGGCAAACUCAAUGUACUACUUUGAGGCCUUGCGGGCGAUUGCCGUCGGCAGGAAGAGUAACAUGCUGGAAGAACAGGUGCAGAUGUUGGCUUCACAAGGUCAGGCGGAUCGAAAGGAGGUGGAGAAGGCAUACCGAUGGUUUGGCUUGGACGAGAGGCAUUCAAGUCUUCUGAGUGAUGAUUUUAUCAUCGGGCAAUUCAAAGCCCGCCUUGCAGACAUCCCUCCUGCCCAGGUUGAAGCAGCGCGGAACAAUCUUCGGACAAUUGGCUAUGCGCGCCAGAGUGAGAAAAUACAGAACGAGGCGUCAAACGCAAUCGAGACCUACGAGCAAGCUUUGUCAUGGCUAGAUCUGGACCCUGGACAGCCUGAUGAUUUUGUUAUGACCAUGUACACCUUAAAGACCAACGAAAAUCCUAGCACGAAAGAUAUUGCCACCAAAGCAGUUCAAAUCGUCGCUGAACACCGUAAAAGCCAGAGACUAGUGGACUUCCUUGAGAGAGGCGUUAUGGAAGGCGACACAGAGAUGGAUGUGGCUGAGGCAUACGCCCUUCUGGGCAUCCAAGACAGAGCAAAUGCCCUCGACGCUGAGGUGUUAGAGGCGACACGCGCAACAUACGUAGCGAGCAACCCCGAAAGCGCGGAAAAGUACGAGAAAGCGUACCAAUUGAUCUGCAGAGAUCAGAAAGACAACCACAAAACGCCAGCAAACCAUGACUUCGGCCCGCCAAGGAAGACAUACCCUCUGAACAUCUGGCCGGUUGGCUGCCAGAACAUUGGUAAUACCUGCUACCUGAAUAGUGUUUUGCAAUUCCUAUUCACCAUCAAACCCCUGCGGGAGAUGGUCCUGAACGGCGACGAUCAAAUGCAGGAGCUCACGGAGGAGGCGGUGGUUGGUAAAAGAGUGGGGCGAACCGCAGUGAAGCUUGAUAAGGUCGAAAAAGCGCAGCAGUUCGUCCUCGAAUUAAGGAAGCUUUUUCGUCACAUGAUUACCGCACCGACCGACAGCGUGCGACCGGAGACCAAGUUGGCAGCCCUAGCGCUCGCGAAGUCAGAAACUAUCGCGGAUAAGCCAGCAGAGCCCAACGGAACUCACUCCGGACUGGGUGAGAUUGGUGGCUUGCCAGUUGCUGGUCCAAUGCCUCCCCCAGGCACAGCAUAUGAGAACCAUGCCACGGAUGGCAUAGACUCGGUCAUGGGAGACGAUGACGUCGCCAAGAAGAGCGAUACUUCCUCUACAGUAGCAGAGAUAGAUGUGGACGAGGACCGCAUGGAGGUUGUUGUGACUGAUGGUGAUCAAACGAAAGCCCCAAGCAAACCCGAGCCACCAUCCAGGCCUCCUCCAGUUCCUCCAAGACCGCAAACCUCCGCACAAGUCAGCGCGAGCAUCAAAGCACUCGAAGCGGUUGCGCAACAACAAGAUGCUGCAGAAAUUCUCAAUAAUAUCUUCGAUCUACUAUCUUGUGCAAUGAAAGGAGAGGGCACAAUGCGCGAUGGCGAGCAAGUCGAUUUGAUUAAGAGGUUGUUCUUCUCAGAUAUAACCACCGUCAGGAAGCUGAAAGGUGUUACGGCACGCAAUAUGGCUCUUCAGGACAAUCAUCUCAUCUCGCCUGGCAACAGAAAUCGACCUCUUUAUGCGGCAUUGGACGACGAAUUCAGUCUGAUUGAGCUUGAGGACGUUACGUCAAAGGAAGAAAAUGCAAAGGCGUCGAAGUACGAGUAUAUUGACGUGGCCUCACCCAUCCAGAUUGUGAACGUUCGGCGUUUGGUAUUCGAAGGCGGCCGAAGCAAGAAAGACGAAUCGCAUGUUGCCCUGGAUGAAGUUCUAUACCUCGACCGAUACCUCAACAAGACGAAAUCUCUAUCCGAAGAGGAGCUUCAAGAGCGCCGCGAGAGACAGUGGCAGCUUCAGCGGAGGCUGAAGGCGCUGGAGGCCCGUAAGGCUCAGCUGACUGAGACCGAACUUAAACUUAGUCUAGCGGAUGCUGUGGACGGAGCUGCUGCUUUCGUCGAGGACCUUCAAAAAGCUGCGGAGGGAACACUGAUUGAUCUUGAUGAGAAUUCCAUACCCACCUAUCCCGACCUCGCAAAUCAGAUGCGUGAUAGGGCGGUCCAGCUUCACAAGGAAGCUAGUACUCUGGACGAACAGAUGAAGGAGAUCGAUAUCCAGAUCAACUCCAUUUUUACUGAUUGUACGGAUCACCCCUACCGCCUACAUGCUGUCUUCAUGCAUCGAGGCAGUGCCACUGGAGGCCAUUAUUGGAUAUUCAUAUACGAUUUCCAGAAAAGGAUAUGGCGCAAGUACAAUGACGAUCGCGUUGACGAAGUCGAGGACCUCAAGGAUAUUUUCGAGCAAGAAGAGAAGAACCCCGCCACCUCCACCGGUAUCGUCUACGUUCGCGCGGACCAGGUAGACAAAUUAACGGAAGCAGUCCGACGAGAACCUGGUGAGGCGGGAUCAGUUGAGGUUGAAAUGAAGGAUGCUGACGCGUCAGAAUAUCAAGAUGUGCAAAUCAUCAACGGCAUUGAGGAAAUGCCGUAAGAUAUUCUACGGGGUCUUGCUAUGCCGGUCUCAUCUCCUUGCUGAUA